CGCCGGUCUGCUUGCAUCUGAAGCUCGCCCAUCGCUGCGGCAGCAUCGUCUCCGUCUCUGUGCAAUGCCACCGUGGAUCCAGAGCCUGCACCUUGCGCUGGUGCUCCUCGCAGCCCUCCUCCGAGCCGCCCCGGCGGAUGCAUACACCUCGUCCACCUGGACGCCGUUCUUUGACCAGCAGGACUCGGCGUCGCUGCAGUCGCUGGUCUGGCCGUCGUAUACAAAGUCCGGCUUGCUCACAGGCAUCUUUGAGGGAUCAUUCUCGCUCCAUCCCCAGCUUGAUGGCCAUCCGAGCCAGGUGGCCAAGGUCCAGAGAGAUCGCUCUUGGUUCCUGGGCCAUCUCGAUCCCAACCUCGAGCUCAAGUGGACAUUCAGUCCAACGAUCCGCAACAACAGCCAGUUCAAGAUCCUACAUUCUAUCUUUGAGGCCAAGCCAAACAACCAAGCCAUCUUCACGGUGGCGGCGGUGAGCGGCAGCGUCUCCAUCGACGACACCAUCUUCAGCACUCCCGAUGGCCAGGCGGCCCUGAUGGUGAUGAAGCAUUCGUUCGAUGGUCGACUCUUGUGGCUGGACAACAUCACCCUCUUCUCGACACACUCGGAUCCGUGGGCCCAGGAUAUUCCGAUCGACUGCGCCGUUGGGUUUGAUAGCAGCCACAACCUUCUCGUCGCAGGAUCCUUCGUCGGCACUCGCUUGGAGCUCUCGAGCAAGCCGCCCUUGGGGUCGACCCUGGAUAUUUCGCCCAAAAAAUCCGAUAUCUUCUUGGUCUCGUUCAAAAAUGCCGACGGCUCCAUCCUCCAGGCACAGACUGGGCUUUUCGACACCCCCAGUAGCAAGGAUGGAAGCGUGAUCCGAGUCGUUACGGGGCUGCGGUGGGAAUCGUGCCUCGGGCGCAACCUGCUCGCCUUCUACGAAUACACGGUCGAUCCCGAGUCCGGCAAGGCUGUAUCAAAGGCGGUCGGCAAGAUUGCAAUCCUGAGCGAUCCCAGCAUGCUUGUCCAGACUACGCUCUUCAAUGCCAGCUUUGACUUGGGAGCCGUCACGCAAAAGUCUCGCUUCCAGCUUCUGACAGACCUGGCGCUGUCGCACACCAAGAACCGGAAGACCGAUGGAUGCAUGUUCUGGGUUAGCGGCGUGGUGGCGUCGAGCUCCUCUGCCAAGGACAAUGCCGAUUUCACGUCGUUUGUUGCCGGCGUCGGGGCCGAAUCUGAGCAUGUGCAAUGGGUGUACGAAGACAUCCCUGUUCAGGCUGACGGUAGCAUAAUAUCGAUGGAAGUCAUCAAUUUCGAGAUUGCAAAGAAGCCGAUUCGACUCUUGGUUCUGACAGGAGCGUUUGAUCCGCCACCUCCUAGGAACGACGACGAUGACGGUCUCUUCCCGGCUCCGUUCGAUGGACUUGAUCCCGGCCACCCAAAUGCGGGGUAUAUGGCUGUCCUUGGCGACAAUGGCAAGAUCCUCCUGUCGGCCGAUGUCGUGAUUCCCAUCCUUCCCAAUCACGACACAAGCACGACGCAUGUUGAGAGCAUUGGCGCGACGGCCAUCAUUGGAAAUCAGAUCAUGCUCUACGGAACAGUCACCUUGCCCGAGAAAGGCAAGGCUUCCCGCGGCUGGCUCGGCACCAAGUCUUUCCAGAUGGUCUUUGGAGCCAUCAAGCCACCGGCUGAGGCCCCCGAGUCGACAAUCGCAUCGUCGUCAAUAUCUAGGAGCACCUCAGUCUCGUUGACCAGCCCAACGUCGAGCUCGUCUGUGAGCAUACCCCCGGCUUCUCCCAGCGCCGCGGCCACAUCAGUUCCUACCUCUGCGGCCUCGGCUUUGCCGUCCUCCUCAACACCGCUGGCGCCUGAACCGCCGCACGAGCCCGUCCCUGAUCGCGAGGACAUUGAGCAACCGAGUCCAAAUGGCCCGUCCUCUCAGCGUCCGGCAACACCAGACGAGAUCGACCAAGACGACGAGGACUACAGUGACGGAAUUACCGACUACAUCGCUGCACAUCUUCAGACUGUGGGCGCUUUGCUUGGAAUUACCAUCUUGGUCGUAGGUGGUCUUUAUUACGUGCGACGACGACGACGAGUCUCGCGAUCCAUGUCGAUCCCGAUGCAAGAAUGGAGCCGGUACCGCAACGAAAACGAGAGCUUCCUGGAGCAGCCUCCGCACAACUCCCCAGGCGAUCUCGAUCUCCGCCAGGGCAUCAUUCCCUGGGUUCAGAGCAUCCUGGGCUUCUCACAGGCUGGAGGUGCACGCUACACGGGCGUCCAAAGCGAGGACGACGAGGAGCUCGGCAACCGAUCCCACAGAGCCACGAUCCAAGUCUCGCAGGAGUCCGCCAGCCAAGGAGGCAUGGCCCUGACCAAGCCGAUCGUGAAGCCUGUGCCAAGCCAGAACGACGACGCAGGGUCGGAGCAGGCCGGGGCAAGCCGAGUUGUGGUGCCGUCGCCGCCGCGACAGCCGCUCAACGUUGUCGAAGACGAGCCCAGCGCCAACUCGGAGGACGGAUGGGACUGGUGAGCGGGAUGCGCUGCUCAUCAAAAACGAAACGGGACAGGCACCACCACCACCACCCUCUCGGAAAGCUGACCACUUUUUCCACACUGCCCACAAUAUGAAACGGGGCACCCUGUUUUCGAGGCCGGCAUGUUUCGUUCUCCCCGGGUCCUGAAUACACACAGUCAUCGAUCAUCCUCA